AUGAGAUUUUCAUGUGAAAGGAGCGGUAAGUAUAGGCCGUUUAUGAAGAAGGUUGAUGGGAAGGAGGUAGCUGUGAAGAAGAGAGUGCGGUCUACGGGCACCAAAAAAUGUGAAUGCUCAUUUGAAUUGAAAGCUGUACAGGGCAAUGAUGGUUGGACUGUCUCUGUCCACAAUGGCACUCACAACCAUCCUCCAGCGGUGUACUUGAAAGGUUAUUCGUAUGUCGGGAGGUUGUCGGCAGAACAGACUAGCACGGUGGUUGAUUUGUCAGUCGCUUUGGUGAAACCCAGAGAAAUCUUAACCCAUUUGAAGGUUCAAGAUCAUGAAAACGUAACGUCUAUCAAAACUGUGUACAAUGUACGACAAAAGUACCGAGUGAUAGUGAAAGCUGGAAAAUUUCAAAUGCAACAUUUGUUGGAUCGGCUAGAAAAGUACAAGUAUGUUCAUUGGACACAUGGGAACGAGACUGAGAAUGUCACAGAGUUGUUUUGGUCUCCCACAUCUGCCGGGGAGAUGUUACGUGCUUUUCCUCGAGUGUUAAUGAUGGAUUGCACAUACAAAACAAAUAAAUACAAGUUUCCUUUGCUUCAAAUUGUUGGUGUAACAUCGACGAAGAUGACUUUUUGUACAGCGUUUGCUUUCAUGGAGUGUGAAAAAACGAAAAACUACACUUGGGUUGUGGAGAAGCUAAAAGACAUGAUGGAUCCCAACGCACUUCCGUCCGUUAUUGUCACGGAUAUGGAGUUGGCGCUUAUGAAUGUCAUCACAAAUGUUUUCCCUCAUGCUACCAACCUCCUAUGUAGGUGGCAUAUUGGUAAGAACGUAUUAGUCAAGUGUAGAAAGAUGUUUGAUGAUAAGAUGUGGGAGGAGUUUAUUUCACUUGAGUACGUCGAGAAAAAUUGGUUAGUACCCUACAAAGAGAGAUUUGUAGGAGUUUGGACGGACAAAGUCAUGCAUUUCGGAAACCUAACAAGUAACAGGACAACUCUAUUUGAUAUGCUAAGGGGAGUUGUUUCGUCGAAUACCAUGACACUUGUUUUAGUGGCAUCCCAUCAAGUCGAAUGGCUUGAGGAAUCGAAGCGUCAGUGCGAGUGUUCUUUGAGGCACACCCAUGGUUUACCUUGCGCUCAUGAGAUUGCUCCUUACAAGAUGGCAAAUAUCCCCCUACCGAUUGAGUUAAUCCACGACCAUUGGAAGAGGCUUUCUUUGCUUGCACCCCGGAAUGAGAGUUCGAUGGAGGAGACGCUUUUGGCUCACUUUGAUUGUUUUUACAACAAGUUCUUGAAUGAAGAUCAAUAUAAUUUUCCGGAAGCAAUAAGACCUUACAUAGAAUCGGUCAAGGAUGUUGAAGAUGAUGGGAAUUGUGGGUUUUGGCAGUGUCGGGUUUCAUGA